AUGCUCAAGGGCGACAUCGUCAGCGUCGCCACCAUGACGGAGAACCAGGGCGAGAUGGGAGCCUACGCAGACGCCAUCGACAUCAUCAACGGCUCUCCAUCGGUGUUGCCAUACGUCACCCUCGGCAAGUCGCCCAAGGUCAUCAAGGCACGCAACGGCGGCAAGAUGUUCUUCAAGUCGUACACCGACCCCGAACGCGCCAAGGGCAUCAAGUGCGACUGGCUCUACAUCAACGAGGCGAACAACUUCACCAAGCAGCAGUACACCGACCUCUCGGCAAGUGUCCGCAAGGGCGUCUUCAUCGACCGCAACCCAAACAGCCGGUGCUGGUCGGAGGAGAUGGGCUUCACGCUCAUCCACUCGACGUGGAAGGACAACGAGGCCAACCUCACCCCCGUGCAGCUGGCAUGGUUCGACAACCUCAAGGCGAGAGCCGAAAGCCCCGACGCCACCAGCGUCGACCGCGCCCUUUACGCCAUGUACUACCUCGGCGAAUACGCCGAGAUCGACGGGGCGAUCUUCACACGCUCCAACAUCCACACCGAGACGGAGCUGCCGAGGCGACCCGACGGCGACCUCGCCCUGCGCAACUUCUGCGUCUUCUGCGACCCGUCCGCCCUGCGUGGGGCCGACUUCUUCGCCUGCUGCCUCACCGCCACCGACGACGACGGCAACGUGUGGCUGCUCGACUCGUUCAGUGUCAACACCGGCACCCGUGAGGCCGUCGCCCGCCGCAUCAUGGAAUGGUGCAAGGCGUGGGACAUCCGACGAGUCUACGUCGAGACCAACGGCAUCGUCGGCAUCGACUUCUACGACUUCGCCUCCAACAGCGGCCUGCCCGUCGAGGGAUGGUACAGCCGUGGCAACAAAUACCAGCGCAUCGUCGACAACUACCAGAACCUCACGACCAAGACCAUCGUCCACGACACGGAGGCGAACCGAUCCUUCUUGGAGCAGGUCUACACCUUCGCCGAGAAGUGCGAACAUGACGACAACGUCGACGCCCUUAAUAGCUCAUUCAAUUUGCAGAGAUGGACGGCGUAA